AUGAAAGCAGGUAUCCCAUCACGCUAUGUUUUCGACGGCUACUACCGCGUUCUGGAAUAUCUCCCCCCACGCAUGGCCUCCACUUUCUCGACUUUUGGCCCACAGAACGCAAGUGGAAGCCAUGUAUUGGGGUCUUCUGUUCGACAAGCGCCAGCGCCGAGGCCCGCGCCUGUCGAUCUCAACGCCCUUCAAAAUGCAAGCCGAGUCUUGGUGGAUCAACUGGCAAAAGACGCCCAAGUCAUACCGGACCUAGGGGAAACCCUGACUGGUGGCGUUGGACAGGCUUCGGGAAAUUACAGCAUCUUCCCGGAUGACAUUCGCGUACCGUACCAGAAGCGCCGUUUCAUUGGAAUUCCAGACGGCUUGUUCCAGUUCUAUGACAGCGUCAAUGUCACGACAAACAUGGGUAUCAUGCCAGAGAUCGAGCGAGUGUGGAUUUCAAUUGACCACAAGCUAUUCCUGUGGGAUUACAACGACGGCCAAGAGAUCGCAUCUUUUGUGGACCAACCAGACGUGAUCACCCAUGUCGCGCUUGUGAAGCCCAAACCAGGACUAUUCAUUGACGAUAUCACUUCGCUGUUGGUGAUAUGCACACCCGUGUCUGUCUUGCUCAUUGGCGUAUCCCUGUCCACCGGUCCGCAGGGAGAGCGAGGGCCGAAGAACAUCAACCUAUAUGCCACUGAUUUCACUGUUCCUUGUGAUGUGGAGAUGACCUCCGUCGUUGGGACGCCGGAGGGCCGCAUCUUUAUGUGUGGGACUUCAGAUGGGAAUCUAUACGAACUCCACUAUCAAGGAAACGAAUCCUGGUUCGCGAAGCGCGUUCAACUCAUCAAUCACUCCGUGGGCGGUGUCCAGAGUUUCCUUCCCAGAUUUGCUUCAACUUCACCAGAUGAACGAAUUGUCCAAGUGAUAUCCGACCCGGAGCGAAACUUGAUUUACACUGUCACAUCCCGAAGCUCCAUCGCAAUCUACAAGCCAAACGGCGACAAAGCUGUGCAGCACGUUCAAACAUUGUCGAACUUGUGCAAGGCCGCGCAGGACAAAGCGCCAGGUUCCCCGGCCCUUACCCCGCAAAGUUUCGCGCUGGUCUCGUUACACGUCGUCUCGCCUUCCGAAUCUCGUUCUGGCAUACAACUCAUCGGAUUGACCGCCAAUGGUAUCCGACUCUUCUUUGGUCCUUCACAGUCCUACUACGGUUAUUCAUCUGGUACCGGAUCGAGUAAUCGCCCGCUGUCGCUCUUGCACGUUCGACUACCUCCGACAAACUUAAUUCAUCCCGAUGAACAAGCUAGCGGGUAUCGUCCACCCGUGGUGUAUGGUGGAGCCCCAGUUGCUACCCAACCUACCUCCCGGCCUUAUGUCGUCACGACACUGGACAGCUCCAGCUACCACAAUGGUUUGACGAUUGCAGCACAGCCGGGGGAUACUGACGGAACGGAUUAUAUCCUAUGUCUUUCGCCGGACUUGACGCAUAUAAGCAACCUAGGGCAGCUGAAUCUUCCCAAUGCCCAGCCAAUUGCGCAGCAAUAUGGUUCUAAUGCCGCAGCUCCUUCUAAUCGAUUACCACUGGUCGAGUAUGCCACCUUGCUGUCUAUUCCAGGUCGCACUUGGGCUGUUGCCAGUGUAGCAGGGUCCUCUUCUCCCCCGCUCCCCACAGGAACGCCUUCAUACUCGUCCAUAAACGAGCUGGCAACGCAAUUCAACGAGCCCUCGCAUCAAUUCAUGUUGCUCACCAACGUUGGAUUGACCUUCUUGAUGAAGCGAAGGGCCGUGGACUACCUGAAAGCCGUCCUCGAGGAACUUCAAUCAGAAGGGAAUGUGCAACCAAUUGUCGAAUUCCGCGAUAGUUUUGGUCGCGACCAGACGUGUGCAAUGCUAUUGGCUCUGGCAAGCGGUAACACGUUCUUGGAUGGAGUGGAAGGGCCAUCGCCUGCUUCUGUCAGCAAUGUUAGCCCCGAAAUCGCUACAGUGGCAAAGCAAGCGUUCUACGACUUCGGAGAGAGGCCGAUAUGGGCGGAGAGGGCGAUGUAUGGGACUGUGGUCGCCGGGAAGGGCUGGCCAUGUAUUUUGCGCGAUUGUCCUCUGAACACGUGUGAAUUGGCUGUCUCUGAGAAGCACCUUCUUCAAGCACAACAUAACCUAUAUGCUUUGAAAGACUUCCUCGAUAGAAAUCCACACCUCUUCCAAUCGGCGCCUAGCGAAAAUGCCGCCGGUCGAGGGUCCAUUUCCGACCAGGAAGCAUGGAAGGCGGAGAACACGUCCGUAUCAGAACUACAGUCUUUGCUCAGUAGGACUAUCGAGGCGCUGUCCUUCGUUAUGCUCCUCAAUGAUUAUCGCUUGGGCGAUUUGAUUGCAAAUUGUGAUGCUGAUACGAAGAAAUUGAUUGAAGCGUCGACCUUUGAAGACCUUGUUACGACCACCAAUGGCAUGACGAUAUCUCGUGCCCUUGUAAACGUCGUCAUUGACCAACAAAUUGGCCAGCAAAUAAGUGUUGAUACCAUCAGCGAGGUGCUCCAGCACCGCUGUGGUUCGUUCUGUAGCACCGACGAUGUAAUGCUGUACAAGGCCAAAGAAAACAUCCGCAGGGCGGCUGAGACGAGAAAUCCCAAUGAACGCCAAAAAUGCCUUGCCGAGGCUCUCCGGCUCUUCACCAAGGGUGCCCGAAUAAUGGAAUUUGAAAAGCUGAGAGAGAUUAUUGGUGACUUCCAGCAGCUUAAUUACGCCAAGGGCGCCGUCCUUUUACCUCUCGCCUGUGCCCAAGCUCAAGACCCUGAUAACAUCGGCCUGGCGUAUUGGCACACCUCCCCGCCAGCAAACUCAACUGAUCCUCGCUCAGAAUUCAUCAAACACAGGCUGCAGGCCUACGAUCUCAUUCUGGAUUCUCUCUCGGUCUUCGAAGAGAAAUGCAGUGAUUCAAAGGCAGCAGGCGCUGUCCAAGCGUCGGAGACUCCAGAGGCCAUUCGGAGUCAUGCCUAUGAGCUCGCCUUUUCGAGCGAGGAUGAAAUGUUCCAUUCGACUCUCUAUGACUGGUUGAUUGGCCGACAUCUGGCUGAUGAUCUAUUGGAGAUGCGCCCACCGUACCUUGAAGCCCAUCUCCGACGAGAUCCACCAACCGUUGACAAGUACCAGCUACUUUGGCAAUUCUAUGUCAAGAAUGGCCAGUAUUUGCGGGCAGCCGAGGUUCUGGGUGCCUUGGCAGAGUCAACAGAAUUCGACUUGGAGCUCGCUUCCAGAGUGGAGUACUUGACCCUCGCAGUGGGCAAUGCCAAAUCCCAUCCUAUCUCUGCGGGUGGCCGCCACGAGACUGCGAUCACGUUCUUGACGGACCUGGAAGAGAAACUCGAUGUCGCUCAAGUUCAGCUGGAGAUCUAUCAAAAGCUGUCGCCUCACAUUUACGAUGCACCAGAAGUUGGCGCGGUAGUUGAAGAACUCAACAAGAGGCUUCUUACGUUGACAGAGUACGCUGUUGCGUUUGGCAUGCCCAAACUCCGGCUUCUUUGUCUGUAUGUGUCGGAACACUACGACGAGGCCGCUCUCAAGGAGGUCUGGAAUCAAAUUAUCGAAGAAUGCUGUGCCUCCCCGGACUUGUCUACGCAGAAGGAUGUAAUUUUCAAAGAAGUAGCUGAACUCGGCCAGAGAUAUUACCCUUCGGAGUCCGCUUUCCCCUUGCGAUAUGUUUCCUAUCUCCUUGUGAAGUUUAGGCUCGACAAUAAGGGUGAAGUUCCUUCCGGUUGGUUCUGUCGGUUGCUGGUGCAAUCCAAGGUGCCAUUUGUCGAGAUUUGGGAGAUCCUUCACAACAUGUAUGAAUCACAGGUACCCCCUUUCAACGACCAAGCCAAUGUCCAGGCAAUCUCCGAAGAAAUUGCCAUUCUUUUAACGGAUUGGCUGAACGAGGUGUUACGGCCCCAGUCCUCGAUCUCUCGAGCCGAGUUCCCUGCUGGGCGUGUGGAUGCUGCUAUCGAUCAAUACCUAGCCGAGCUGGAACCUACUCGUCUCGAGACCAAGGCGGCGUACGAAGAUGUGAAGCGUCAGCUACGCCGCUACUGGUGA